AUGCCAAAGCAUCUAGUUGCCAGCUGCCUGCUGUUGGCCUUGAGUCUCCACCUUAGUGCGGGGGCUAUACACAAGCGCAGUGGGGCCAACACCCUAGAAUCGGAUCCCGAAUCCAAGCCAUCACCUAAUCCUGCGGCCAGCGUGGAAAACACGGACCUGCUGGACAAACUGAGCUGGAAGUGCGCCAAUAAUGCCAGUUGCCUCUAUGGAGUGGCCCACGGAAUCAUGGCCUCCUACCGUAGGGGAGAGACCAUCAAGUUGGGCCUCUUUGAUCUGGUCAAGCUGCCCGAGGUGGACCCCAAGCUGAAGCACAAAUGGGGCACAGGCCGUGGGCUUACCAGCUUCAUGGACUUUGUCACGGGGAACGCUAUUCGGGUGCCCGUGGGGCCUAUGGUCUUCAGUGUCCAGCGGGCAGAGGACGAUAGCGAGUACAUCGAAGUGGCCCUGCUCAAAAAGGCCUCCAGCGGAACAGGUCGCCUGCAGGGCAAUGGCGGAGGCGGACUCGGUGGAGGAGGCGGUCUUCUAGGAGGCGGCGGCGGUGGUGGAGGCGACAAUGGAGGAGGAGGCGGAAUUCUUGGCGGGCGGCGGCGCCACCAGCACCAGGAUAAGAAACAGUUCCAGAUGUUCAUACCCAUGUACUUGGCAGCUACGACCUUUGGCUGGACGAUGGUGGCGGCAAAGGCAGUGGGCCUGCUCACCCUGAAGGCCUUGAUUCUGUCUAAAAUAGCCUUUGUGGUGGCGGCCAUUGUGUUGAUUAAGAAACUCAUGGACAACGCCAGCGAGAAAAUGAUGUACCAGUUCCCAGAACAGACUCCGUACAUGAUGCCCUACGGCAUGGACUAUCCUCUGCACGGCGCAGAAAUGUCACCCGAAAUGUAUCCCGCAUCGCUGCACCACCUGGCCAUGGCGGGUGGCGGCCAAUUGCCCGGACACCCUAGUCAUCCGGCCCUGGAGAGCCUGAGCGCCGAGAGCCACCUGCACUCUUCCCAAGUGGCCUCCGACGGCAGCAACAACACGGCGGCCCUGGCCGCCCUAGGCGGUCUCGGGGGAUUAAGUCACAAGAUCAAGCGUGAGGAUUCCUGGAUAGCGAAGAGUAAGUCAACCCCAGCUCGGCGUCCUCUGAUAUAUAACUACGUGCAACCCCACAUGCCGUACUUCCGCUCCUGAGGCGACGAUUAGCCAAUUAGCAGCUA